GAAAUGACAAGUUUUCUCAAGCUUGCCAUCAUUGGUACUGUGCUUUUGGGAGUGGCUCACGGAGCAAAUCUAACUGCUGCCGAGAAAGAAACUUAUUGUGAGUUGCGAUCUGCCAUUCAAACAUUCCUUUGUAUUGAGCGUCUUCGCGACUUCGCAGCAAAAGUAGAUGAACUCGACAUGGAUAAGAAAAGUGAACUGAAGGAAUUCAAGAAAACUUGCGAUUCUCUAAAAAAUUGUUUUGCCAUUACCCGCUGUGGGCCAAAUUCCACAAUGGACGAAGCAGAGUUGUUCCGAAUGGUCGAAAAAAAUUGCGAAGCUGUUGUGUACAUCCACGAAGAUUUUUCCGAUUGUAGUGAUAAACUUACUGCGAAAAAAUCAGUUUGUUUCGACAACUGGGACCCGAUUCCAGAUGGAAUUCAUCUAGAAGAAGACGAAAAGAAGGUUGAGAAAAUGAAAAAAGAGACUUGCAAGAGAUAUUUCGGGAAAGAUGACUGCAUGAAGAAGGAGAUUGUCGAAACGUGUAGCCAAAAAGAAUGGGAUAAAUUUCGUGAGCAGUUCAUCAAUCUUUCCUCCGAUUUGGUUAGCAAGUGUGACUUCAGCAGACUUGGAUAAUUAUAAUUCUGAUGACAAAAUAUUAAUGAAUUAGUUUUGAUGC